AUGUUUGAAAAAAAAGAGCCUUUUAAGGAUUAUGACACAACUGAAAAUUACAACAUAACUGAAGAUAUUGAAUAUGAAGACCUCAGAUAUAGUAAUAUUGUUAAAGAAAAUGAGUUAGAUAAGAGAAGGUUCUUUGGAGUCAAUAAUAUAACAGAAAGAAUUGGACUUGAAGAUAAGAGUUUCUUUAAUGGAAUAAUUGCUAGCUCUCAAAUAAAAUCAGUUAAUGCUAGUUUAAAACAUCUCUUACACAAUUCAAAUGUCUCUUUGUAUGAGUUAAUAGAAAAGUCAAAUUUUUUAUUUAAGACAUUAGAUGAAAAUUUAGAGAAAUUUCUUACAUCUAUAAUACUUCAAAGACAAAGAGAUGAAAUUGAUCAAUCAGUAUAUUAUAAUGCUGCUAUACUUCGAGAUGAAGACUUAAAAAAAGCAAUUAAAAAAGCAUUACAAACAAAAGUGGAAUCACAACAGCUUCUCAAGCUAUUACAAAAUUUUAUCAAAAAUGAAUAUGAAAAAUCUGAUGAAGAAUCAAAUGAAGAGUCUGAUGAAGAACCUAAAGAAAAAUCUGAGAAAGGAAGUGAUAAUAAUAAAGAAAAUCAAGAAAUAGCAAGAAAAAACAACAAAGGUGCUGCAAAAAAUGUAAUGAUGUAG